UACAGAGUAGCAACGACGUAGCUUUUUUAAGUCUGUAGGCGCGUAUACAGUGUCCGCGGCGUGCACAUUCCCCAUCCGAUCGGUGUUGGUAGUGAUUUGACUCCUGCCGUCAAACGAGUCACGCGUGUGACAAGUGUGCAAAGUUGGCCACGACGCUCAUCGUGGGUGCCUGCCGGAGACCGCCUGGAUCUUUACUCGCGCCGCCCGCGUCUCGCCGCCCGCGCCUCGCUUCUCCGGCUUUCCGCACCUGCAGCGACGUUCUCCAGCCGACCCCCAUCUUGUGCGCCAGGCCUCUUUGGGAUUUCGACACCUCAGGAUAGCUCGCUCUGCGAAAAGAUACCCUCUUUCGCCAAUUUUACCCAGCCACUCAUCGUCACCCUCCGCCCCCGAUGGGAGACCGCGACUCCGAUCCCAUAGCCGUGGACUCCGACUCGGACACCGGUCCGUCCCCGCCCAGCCAGAGCCAAUCCGCGCCGCAUCCCGCGCCCCCGUCGCGCGAGGACAUGGACGUGGAGCCGCCCGCGUCGGAGGGGCGCGGAUCCCCUGCCCCCGCUGACUCCGCGUCGGCGGGGGACGCAUCGGACGAUGGACGCAGCCGGUCCGCGCAUCCCCCCGGCGCGUCGCCGUCAGGAUCGGCGUCGGCCCAUGCGGACUCGGCGUGGACGUCGCGCAGAGGCAAGGCGCGCUGCGAUUCGUGCCGCUUGCGAAAUCUCAAGUGCGAUCGGAUACUGCCCACGUGCAAUCAAUGCAGGUGGACACCUGUCACGGAGUGCACGUACACGCCGUUGCCGACCCCCGGCGCAGCGCAUCGAGGUGUCCCGCGUUGCGAUCGAUGUCGCGAAUCGAAUCUCAAGUGUGAUCGCGCGGCGCCUGUUUGUCAAUAUUGCCGCGAGAAUGACAUCAGUGAUUGUCGAUACACGCCGAAGAAGCGCACACGCGCCUUGUCCUCCUCCGAUCAGCCCCAAUUCCAAGCAUCGUCUUCGCGACUGCCAUACAACACGCAAGGGCAACACGCUUCGUUCAUGUUCUCGAACAUCUCCGGGCCCAGCUCUGACUCGCAACCCACAUCAUUUGUUUUUCGUGAGCCUCUCAGACAACCAUAUACCGAAGGGCCACCUUUGGCGCUGUUGCCAGCCCCAGUGUCACACACGGCCUAUCCCCACCAGCAGCAGCCCUUCAUCGCGCAUUCUUUCCCUGAUCCAGUGCGCAGUCCCUACAUCCGUCCGUGGGCGCAUCCUUCCUUCGCGCCACUUCCCGGAGCCAUCACGCGUCGCCUGGCGACCAUCAAAUACACCGAAAUGCCUCUCAGAGACGCAUUCGAGGUGGCGCUGCUGCGAUUUGUCGCAAAACUCAUGCCUGAGCUGAAGGAGACAGCGUGUUUCAGCCCCGAAGCCUACGCGACGCUCGCGAACUGCCUCGCCAAGGGCACCGUCGAGCGUCUUUCGCCGCGCAUCCGCAGCUGGGCGACGUGCCACCGCAUCUGCUCGGGGUCGGACAAGCUCAAUCUGCUCCUCGCGCCGCGCGACACGGUUUUCAAGCUGUCGCACGAGGAAACUGUGAAGAAAAUGAGCGAGUGCAGAAUACAGCUGGACGCGCAGGCCGCGGGGAAGAAUAUCCCGGAGCUCGAUCAGGCGGAUCCAGCUGCUGAUUUCGAGCGCAUCCCUGUUGAGCCGCAGAUCUACGACUGUUUGGUGUAUGCACAUCGGGGACAUGCGUCGGCUGUUGCUGUUUUGAUGGAGAUUCGGCGGCUUGGAAUUUCGUCGAUUACUUGGCCCAUGGCUGAAAUAUUCAUUAGUUUGUGUCCGCUAUGUAACGCGGCGGGGAGGAUAGCUGCUGCCAGGGGCUAGGGCAGACAUAAGUAAGUACGAGAUACCACAAUCGAAGUCCGGGAUCAUGGGAUAGAGCUGUAGGCUACAGAGAUCUGGAAAUGUAGAGUAAAAGUACGAUGGAUCAGUUGGAAUCGUGGUGGGAUUGGUCUUUUCCUGCGGCGCAUGGGGCUAACAAAUGCCUAACGACGGAACGCGG